UCUAAUUAGGACACACAGGAACAACCAAAGAAGAAACCAAGAAACCGAAAUAUCACAAACCAGAUUGGUAUUUCCCUUAAACUUCCAAGUUCUCCACAAACAUAUAUGUGUAUAAUUCCUUUUUUCUUUUGCAGAAUGCUUCGAAAAGAUGAUUAAAAUUUCGGGGUUUCAAAAUCUCGACCUUCCAAUGUUUCAUUCAAGCCUGUUUAUUUUGCUUCUCAACUGUGUAAUCUUCCAUGUUGAAUCACAAUCCUUAGGCUCAGAUAUGGAUUCUGAUGAAGAAACUAAAUAUCAACGAAGUGUUCGUACGGUUAUCGGUGUUCUAUCUGUCAUGUUUGCGUUCCUUUUUACACUCCUAGUUUAUGCCAAAUACUGCCAUAGAAGAGUUCCUGUUCAAGAACACAGUCCCCUGGAAACAGGACUUAUCAGUAGAAGCUCCCGGUUUUCGGGGAUUGACAAGACGGUGAUUGAGGCACUUCCGUUUUUCAGAUUCUCUUCUCUCAAAGGGUCAAGGGAAGGUCUCGAAUGCGCAGUCUGCCUAUCGAAAUUUGAAGAUAUUGAGAUUCUCAGAUUGCUUCCAAAAUGCAAACAUGCUUUUCACAUCAACUGCAUUGAUCACUGGCUGGAAAAGCACUCAAGCUGUCCUCUCUGCCGGCACAAGGUUAGCUCUGAGGAUCUUACGUUCGUCACCUUCUCGAAUAGCAUGAGGGUCUUGUCGAAUAACCAAGCAGAGCAUCGACAGGACUCUAACAUAGAUCUCUUUGUUCAGAGAGAGGAAGAUCGCUGCGGUUCUUCGAGAUUCAGCAUCGGAAGCAGCUUUCGAAAAAGCAAAAAGGUGGUUGAGAAGGAAGCUGAACUGCUAAUAGCAGAAGCUGCUUGUAGUGAUGUGACAAAAGAGGAUGACAAAAUCCUGCACAAGCACAAGCACAAAAUUCUUUUUUCUGCUUUCGAGUUCAACAACAGAUGGAGCAAUCUGAGUUCGUCUGAUCUUAUGUUCUUGAAUUCGGAAAUGCUCAACACGGUGUCAAGCAAUAGAUUCUCUCCCAUAAAACUAAACGAUGAGCAGUUUUUGACCGCGAAAGCAACUGGAAAUGAGGAGAUCAUGAACAUCAGGGAGAUGGAGAUGAAAAGAUUGUUUGAGAACAAAGUUAGUACAAUGAACAAAAACAGUUCAGCUACAAACUCAAUUGUUCCCUCUACAUCAGACAGUAUAGCAACUUCAGCUCAUGCCUCGAGUUCUACGAAUCGAGGAGAGAAAAGAUCAAUGUCCGAAAUCACUGCUCUUUCUAGAUUCGGAAACUUGGGUUUCACCAACGGGACUAGAGAGCCUUCUCUGCUCGAAAACAACCCGAAAGAGGAUAGGAUGAGGCGGCUUUGGAUGCCGAUUGCCAGAAGAACAGUCCAGUCGUUUGCCAAUAGAGAGAAAAGGUCUCCACAGCAUUUAGAUGUAUGAUUUGUUAUUAGUUCAAGCUUUCAGUUUCCAUAGAUUUUAGGUACUUUAUUCAUAAGUGCAAACUAAUUCCUAUCAAAUUUGAAGUACCAAAUUCUUGAAUCCGUUUUUUUUUUCUUUGCAAACUACUCAAUCUAGAUGGAGGGGGGAUUCGAACUUGGGUUCGGAAGGACAUGCACACUGUCUUAAGCAACUGAUCUAACUUGCGUCCGCAA